AUGGCUCCUACUGGUCGUAAAGACAGCAACGCCACAUCUUCUACAGACCCCAAGAGCAAAGUUCCAUGCACUUAUUGUCUCGGGAUCAGUGUCUACACGAAAGACAUGUGGCGAAAGCGUACAACUCCAGAAUGUAAAGGAAUUCAAGUGGAUUUUUCCAGUAGUCGAGAACGUCUACAGGAAUUACGAGAACGUGCUGCAUACCCUAGGAAGGAUGAUUUUACCUUUAUGGGCCUUGGAUUGUCAGUAUAUUCACCCGAGUGGAUGGAAGAAGGUAAACACUUGCCUUAUGUUAAAGGGAUUGGAGUUAUUGCCAUUCAAACGGACACGGACGAGCUCAUGAAGCAGAUUGAGGAACAUAAACGGAUUAAACGGGAACUGCAGAAGAAGACGGGGAACAAAGGAGAUUUACAGGAUGGAAAUGAUACUGGAGACGAUGAGGAGGAGACGUUGGUGCACGAUGAAGAAGAUGAUGACUUUUAUGACUUUGAAGAUGGGAAAACGACGGAUGAAGGUCAUGCACUUGUGGAAAAUGAAGUGGUGCGUGGUUUGAAGACGCCGCGAGGACCAGCGGUUGUGCCGGCAUCAAUUACAAUGGCGGAGGUGAGAGACCGAGCGGUGGAGAAAGCCAAGUACUCUGUGAAUGCCAUGUACAAGUUUUGGGAACGUCGACUGGAUGGGUUCAGUGAAAGGUAUGUGGACUCAUGUCGACGAUUGACAAAGCAAAUGGAGAAACAGGCAAAGAGCACGCCACAUAAUGUGAUGUGGCUCGUGCAUCGUAUUGAAGAGUAUGUCGGUGGGAAAGAUGAUGGUGAGAAGUAG